GAUAAUUGAGGCUACACCAUGUUCUAACUUUAAAUUGAAAUGGAGCAUGACUGUAUUGAUGGAGCUGAAAAACAGUUAUUACGUCUUGCCAAUGAAACUGUCAGCAAUGAGAAGCUAUGUGAGAAAUUAAAGAGAGAGAAUGCUAAAUUAGAUAGUGAUAUAAAGACCUUGGAAGAAGAGUUAAAAGAGUUAAAGAGUAAAAAUGAAGAUCUUGUGUCACAAGAAAGAGAACUUGAAAAAAAAACUAGUUCAGCUCGUGAUGCUCAUAAAAUGUAUGGACAUAUUGCUCCUGGAGAUAUUACUCACCAAGAUGUCAUACUCUCCUUUGACAAUUUUUUUAAAACAACAUUACGUAAUCUACCCAGGCAACUUAGUGCACAGUCUAAAGAGAAGUAUGAAGUAUGGCAUAUGACAUCUGAUAUUGUAGAGACAAGCUUUGAACAUUGUAAAGAUGCCAUCAUCAAAAAAAUAAGUGAAAAGCUGAAAUUUGAACUAACUGUUUUUAGGUCUACUGGAUCAGUAGAUGAUAAAAUAGCUGAUCUUUUUAGAGCAUUUCAUAUCUUUGUCAAUGAAUUGUGCAAGGAAGAAAUUGAACAAAAGCACCAAGGAGAUAAUGAUGAGAGCAAGGAGCAGAAUAAAAUGAACAUGUCAAAAAUAAAGAAAAAUUUACGUUCCACAUGUGCUUUACUCAGCAUUGAUGAUGACGAUGCAGAUACUUAUAUUGAUCUAAUAGUAGCUAUUGUCACACAAAUUGAUCCAAAAGAUUACACUACAUUUAUUAAGGAUGGAAAGAAAAGUGAUGAUCAACCAUAAAGGUUGUUUAUAAGUGAUUUUCUAUAUUUUUUUCAAGAAUAAUGUUGCUAGAUCUACUUGACUUUAUUUGUUUCUUUAUUAGUCUAUUCAUUAUAUUAUCAAUUCUUGUUGUUGUUGUUGUUGUUGUUA